AUGACCCUAAGGAGCGGGAAGGAAAUCCAAAGACCCGAACGGGUGAUUCCUAAGGAUAAGGAUGAGGAAAAAAUUGAAAAUGAGCUUGAGAAAGAGGACAGCAAUGGCACAGAUCCAAAGGUACUCCCGGACCCGGUCAUUACAGUUACGACUAACCCGCCACCUUUUCCUAGCAGGUUGAAAAAAUCGAAAAAACAGGAUAAGGAGAAGGAGAUCCUAAAGGUGUUCCGCAAAGUCGAGAUUAAUAUUCCCAUGUUAGACGCAAUUAAACAGGUGCCGAAGUACGCAAAGUUUCUAAGAGACCUGUGCGUCAAUCGAAGGCGGCUGAGGGGAGAUGAAAGAGUCAUUGUUGGGGAAAAUGUGUCGGCGGUCCUACAGAGGAAAUUUUCACCAAAAUGCGGGGACCCAGGAAUGUUCACUAUCCCUUGUAGGAUAGGGAAUACUUUGAUUAGGAAGGUUAUGUUGGACUUAGGGGCAUCUAUUAAUAUAAUGCUAAAAUCUAUCUAUGCUUCUCUGAACCUAGAUGAUGAUCACUCCUCCGAUCCCUCACCCUUGUUAUUAGGUAGACCCUUUUUUAGUACAGCACAGACUAAAAUUGAUGUUAACAAGGGUACCUUGUCUAUGGAGUUUGAUGGGAAAAUUAUUCAUUUUAAUAUCUUUGAUACUAUGAAAUACCCCUCAAACUCAAAUUUUAACUCUGUUUUCUCUGUGAGUACUAUUGACCCUGCGGUGCAGGAAGUGUUUGAAACUGUUGGCAGGGAUGAGUUAGAGGUUGCUCUAACCAAGCACCUCGAGUUGGAGACAAUGCAUGAGGUGGAAUGGAGCGAAGAUCUAAAAUGCACAAUAGGCGCAUUACACUCAUUGCCGACCACCACAAAAAGGUAUGAAAACUCACCUAUUUUUAUUCCCGAACUUCAUCAGAGAGUAUUGCCAUUUGUGGUGCAGGCACCUAUAUUGGAGUUGAAACCCCUAUCAGAACACUUGAAGUAUGCGUAUCUGGGCGACAACGAGACACUCCCGGUGAUUAUCUCAUCGGCACUAUCAAAAACUUAG